AAUUUGGCAGAUGACAUUUAAUAGAGAAAUCAUCAAAAAUCAAAAUAAAUAAAUUGGAAAUGCGAAGUUUUUAAAACUAAUGUAAAUGAACUAUGAAGAACGAAGGGAAUAUUUAAAGGAAACCAAUUCAUAAAUCCCAUGAAAAUGGUGUCAAGAAGUCUUACUGAAGUAUAUGUGCUAAUGCGGAACAAUGCAAUACAUAGCCGACAAAUAUUUACAGAGCAGUCAAAUGACCAUGAGAGUGUUGGGUUAAUGAGUUCAAAUAACUAUGAUGUGGAAGGAGGGCUUGAGUUGAGGUCAGAGCGCAGUGUACCCCCACCCUGGAGUGAUUCCCUAGAAGAAGUACAUUAUAUAAUAUCAAGAUUACGGACUAAAAUAGCUGAACUGCAGUCGCGUCAUGAGCUGCAGAUCCGGCGACCCGCCCUGGACGACUCUGGAGAACAGCAGCAUAUUGAGCGUCUUGCCACAGACAUAGGCAAGCACUUCGCGCAGGCGCAUGCCAGGGUCACCGCCAUCAGAGCGCAAGUGAGAUGUGAAAAUAAAACCGAAGAAAAAGUGGGAGCAAAUGUCGUAUUAGCUCUUGUUACUAUAUUACAAGAUUUAAGUAUAACAUUUCGAAUGUCCCAAUCGAACUAUUUAAAAUCCAUCACAUCAAGAGAAGAGAGGUCCAAUGCAUACUUCGACUUACCGAACUUUGAAGAGCUCAGUUUACAGGAUAACUUACUACCAGGACUAACAAGUAAUCAGACAGAUUUAUUGUUCUCUUUACCCAGCACAUCUAACUACACAGAUGACAAUCAACAUAGUAUUAAUCAGAAACAAUUACUUCUGAUGCAAGAAGAGAAUACCCAAAUGAUCGCUGAAAGGGAGCAAGAAGUAAAUAAAAUAGUUCGGUCAAUUGUAGACUUAAAUGACAUAUUUAAAGACUUGGCACAUAUGGUGCACGAACAAGGCAGUAUACUUGAUAGAAUUGAUUAUAAUAUUGAACAGACUGAAGUCCAAGUGCACGAAGGGUAUAAGCAGUUGCAGAGAGCCGAAAGAUUUCAACGGAAGAACCGUAAGAUGCACUGCAUUUUCAUAUUGGCUAUUAGUAUUGUUGUUAUGAUUAUAUUGUUAAUUAUUGUAAAGAGUUAAAACUUUUUAGAUAGGUAUUAUAUUGUGAUGUGAUAACUGACCUGUAUAAUAAAUACCGCUGGACAGGCUGUUCCAUAUGUAUGACAGCAAAUUUUUUGUGCCAAUUUGAAGCGCCACUCGCGAGCGUCCAGAGAACUAAUUUUGACGUAUAAUACAUGGCUGCGAAGGAACGUACAAUACUCUCAAGUAUUUUUGCAUUUUGAAUUAAUUUCGUUCGUUUUCCGUGUUAUUUAUACUUCAAGAAUCAACGUAAUAAAGUACACAUUUUUUUUUGUUAAUAGUUUUCCACCAUCUAUGUUGUCCAUUAGGUUGUCAUUACUAGUUUUAGUACCGCAGACUCUCGCUACAUGGCCAACAGCGCCAAAAUGGCGAAUAUCAAACAGGCAUAAAAAGCACUUUGACAGCCGCCAGUCCAGCGGUAUAUAGUACAGGUCAGUGGAUGUGAUAUAUAUUCUAUUGUAUAGACAUUAAAUCAGAUAUCUUCUGUUCAAUGUAUUGCCUAUACACCACAAAUUUUUAAUUACCAAAAAAAGGUUGAAAAGGUUUAAAAUAGUUAAAGUAACAUAGAAAAUUGAGUCCAUUUUUGUACCCCGAGUCUUCGGUCGCAUUGGUAUCCUUAAAUAAAUGUAAAUAUCACUGAAAUGAAUAAAAAAAUUGUAAUUUAAUUUU